AUGCAAACCACCGAUUUUCUACGCAAGUACAACGAUUUUGAUGUGGUGCUUGCGCUGACUGAUGUGGGACCGAAGUACCUGCUCAAGGCGCAGACAGUGAGCUUCAGAAGACUCAAUAAGAAUCUUUAUUACAACAACAAAUUUGUUAACGUGCUCAUGGCCUGCAUGCUGCAACACCGUGGGAAGUCUGAGCCAACUUUUUUGCAUCUCACAGAGCAUUUCCUGGCCCGUGGAAGUCCUUGCGCCUUGCUUGGCACCAGAAACAGACUGACAAGGCGAACGCUCAUGGAAGAGGUUUGGUCUUUGCCUUCUAUUCAACAAUUCCAUUCUGGUUUGAUCGGCAAAAAUACUGAGAAGGGCGAGUGGCAAAUACUUUCACACGAUGCUACAUUCAAAGCACUCUUCUCUGUCAUUGGCCAGCGGAAGAUGGCGCUGGCACCUGGAGAAGGGCAUGCGUUGCAUUCGCUCUUGGGACUGAGCGGAGCCUUGGCAGGCUUGUCGCUUCAGCACGCAGAGGGGCCCAAAUGUUUUGCUGACGCAGUCACAUCUUUGCUUCCGGAGGAUGCGCGUCGAACGACGCUCUGGGUCUUUACAGAUUCGCCAGACACAGUGCAAAAAGCAGAUCACUGCUUUCCACAGUUGCAGGGUGUUGCUGAGGACCCUUUGCACUUUGUGCUGCGGGUUGAGGCUUGCUUUGGCGAAAAACGUACAGCCCUAUCCCGGAACCUCCUCCAUCUGCAGAAGAAAUUUGCACACGCCCUGGACUGCACCAUUUUCAAAGGCGGCGCUGCUCCGAAGGCGCAUGAAGGACAAUGGCCUGCUCGACGAAGCAACCCGCUUCACCCAGACCGGAACUUUAUAGACUACAGCCAAACUCCUUACUUGGAUCACCAGUCUUACAUCGAUGACAUCGUCGAUUUGACGCUCCUCUACCCUGAUGACAUGGGGCGCAAGAAUUCCAAGGGUCAGUCCGUCAAGCAGAUCCUGAUCACAGGAAGUGCUUACAGACACUUUGCCUACCUCCGAAAUGGUUGCUGCGCUAUCUCGGCCCUUUCGCGGGAGCGCCGACAAUUAUUUUCCUUUGGUACUGCUGCUAAUGAGGCCUUGCACGCGCAGUUCAACUCCUCACAGAGCACGGUAGUACAACAACAUUUGGAAAGUGUGCAGGUGGUCUUGAAAAGUUUUUCCUGUGCCAAGUUGCUGGCGCAUCACAGCGCAGCUUAUGCGCCCACGGUUGCACAGAGAUCCCAAAGUCAAAUCUUGGCAUUGUUGGAAGGCGCCCUUUUGCGACCGGACUCUGAAUUUUGCAAGCCGUUUGACGAAACGCAGCCUGAAGCCGUCACUGACCGGAAACGGUUGCGGAGACCUGUGCACGCUCACGAUGGGGGAGCUGCAGCUCACAGAGCCCAACUGGCAGCGCGGCAAAGAGAACAGUGGAGAAAGCACUUGCACAGUAAGAAGUGGAUCGGUCGGAAGUGGACCUUGAAACGCACAGUUUUCACAAAGAAGAAACAUCGUGCGCCACCUCAUGAGAGGUAA